GCUUCCCUGGGGAGCUACCCUUCGGGAUUCUGUCCCUGCACCUGCCUUUCUGUCUCCUCAGCUGUCAGUCCGCCCUAUCUUUAGUCCCUCCUGUAGGACCUCUGCGUCCCAGUGCUGGCUCGCUCUCUCUCUCUUCUUUCUGCUUCUCUUUGGGUCUCUUUCUCAGCUCUCUUCUUCCUUGCCUGUCUCCUGCCUGUGUGCCAGGCUCUCUGGUCCUGCCUCUCUUCCUCUUCCUCCCCACCUUGCCCCUCUCAGUCCUGGUGGGCUCUCUGCUGUGUCUCUGGCCCUGGCCUUGGGCCGUGUCCCGACUCCCUCUCUGUCCCAGGGACUGAAGGCCUCCAGGAGGUCUGAACCGCCUCCUACUCCCAGCUCCUGGGUUGUGGCUGGACUGGGACUGGUUCCUUUCCAGUUGAAUCUGGCAGGCGAGCCUCUCCUCCCCCUCACCUGACAGGUGCAGCAGCCUGGCUGGGGAGCCCGCCCGCCAGGCUGGGAUGGAAGCGACAGAAGCCUCAUUAGCAUCUCAAUUAAAGAAGCCCCCAUACCACACAGAGAACCAAACCUGCCGGGACCGGGAAAAGGAGUACUACGAACCCAAGCAUCAGGUCUGCUGCUCCCGCUGCUCCCCAGGCAUGCACGUCUCGGCCGAAUGCAGCCGCAGCCAGGACACCGUUUGUGCCCUGUGUCCCGAAAAUUCCUACAACGAGCACUGGAACCAUCUCUCCAUCUGCCAGCUGUGCCGUCCCUGUGACCAGAUGCUGGGCUUCGAGGAGACCGUGCCUUGCACCAGCAGACGGAAGACCCAGUGCCGUUGCCAGCCGGGAAUGUUCUGCGUGCACUGGGACACUGAGUGUGUGCACUGCGAGCCACUCUCCGACUGCCCGCCUGGCACCGAGGCCCAGCUGACAGAUGAAGUCGGGGCGGCUAACAGAAACUGUGUGCCCUGUAAGGCAGGCCACUUCCAGAACACCUCCUCCCCCACGGCCCGCUGCCAGCCCCACACAAGGUGUGAGGAGCAGGGCCUGGUGGAGGCAGUUCCAGGCACUGCCCAGUCUGACACCAGCUGCAGAAAUCCACCAGAGCACCCUGAGAUGCCAGGAACUGUGAUGGUGCUGGCCAUCCUGCUGCCGCUGGCCUCAUUCCUGUUCCUCACCACCGUCCUGGCCUGCACCUGGAAGAGCCACCCUUCUCUCUGCAGGAAGCUGGGAUCCCUGCUCAAGAGGCGUCCAGAGGGAGAGGAAUCAAAUUCUGCUGACGGAAGCUGGGAGCUUCCAAGGGUCAACCCACAUUUCCCUGACCUGGUAAAGCCACUUCUGCCCUUCCCUAGAGAUACAGCCCUGGCCUCGGCCAGGCUCCCAGCGCCCCCGAGUUUGGAGGAAGAGGUGCUACAGCAGCAGAGUCCUCUCAGCCAGGCCAGGGAGCUGGAGCCUGAGCUCCCAGAGCAAAGCCAGGUGGCCCAUGGUACCAACGGCAUUCAUGUCACUGGCGGGUCUGUGACCGUUACCGGCAACAUCUACAUCUACAAUGGGCCAGUCCUGGGGGGAGCACGGGGCCCUGGAGACCCCCCUGCUUCCCCAGAGCCUCCAUACCCCACCCCUGAAGAGGGUGCCCCUGGCCCUCCCGGGCUCUCUACACCCUACCAGGAGGAUGGCAAAGCUUGGCACCUGGCUGAAACAGAGACACUGGGCUGCCAUGCCCUCUAACAGGGCCAAGGACCCAACUCGUCACCCAUGCCUCUUGGUGUCUGGGAACAGCCAGGAGAAGGGAGUGCAAGAGCACCUUCUCCCUGAGGCUACCCUACCCAUACGGGAUUGACCGAGGGCCUGGGUAGGGCCCCUGAGAGGCAGACCGUAAGGGGCCGGGCCUCAGACACGUCUCCGAGAGCAGGGCCAGGCACUGGCUGGGUAUGUACCCGCCACAAGACUCUCACCACCAUCUGAGCAGGCCUGAGACUUCAUUGCAGACCCUCCUGCCCACUGGGCCUGCAGCAGCUCAGCUUCCGGCACGGACAGGGCAUAUGAUGCUCACUGCUGCCCACCAUGGUGUGCUGCACCCUCAGCAUGGCACAGAAGGAGGCCAGUCCUUGUCACUUGCAAGGACAUCAGUGGGACCUCCAGCAGAUUCGUGGUGCUCAUCCCCAAGCUUCAGAGGCCCUUUGAGAGCCCGCACGUCACACGGACUGAAGUAGACCCUAUAUGAAGAUGGAGUUACAUGGAGGACCACCCCUCCCCUCUCCGCCUAACAGGAAAGGGAGUCAUUAAAAACCGGGGGUUUGGACACACUUACUAGGUAGAAGGGGGAGUUUGGGAGGGGGAGGAAAAUGGCAAGUGUAUUUAUAAAUUGUAACCACAUGCAAAUAAAGAGGAGAUUGAGACCUA